AUGCCUGCCAGUUUCAAUAGGCUACAAAAACUGUUCACGAUAUCAGACUACAAGAUCACACAGUCCUUAGCUCGAAUAGGCUACUGUGGCUAUCAACUAUCUGGCAGAUUCUGGAGUAAUUUUCACUCUACUGAAUUAGAAGUCAAAGAGACACAGUGCUUAGCUCCAAUGGGCUACUGUGGCUAUUCACUAUCUAGCAGAUUGUGGAGUAAUUUUUACUCCAUUAACGUAGAAGUCAAAGAGCCACAGUACUUAGCUCCAAUUGGCUACUAUGACUAUUCACUAUCUGGCAGAUUGUGGAGUCAUUUUUACGCUAUUAACGUAGAAGUCAAAGAGCCACAGUGCUUAGCUCCAAUUGGCUACUGUUACUAUUCACCAUCUGGCAGAUUGUGGAGUCAUUUUUACGCUAUUAACGUAGAAGUCAAAGAGCCACAAUGCUUAGCUCCAAUGGACUAA